AUGCAGGCAGCCUCCGGAAUGCCUCGGCAGCCUUCGAGAUACUUCGGCAACCGUCGGGCAGCUUCAGACGGCCAAACAGAUAUCAUCAAAUUCAACGUGAAAGCAAAUGGCUGGAAGAAUAUUCUCUUCGUGGGACGUUUACCAGAUCCCGUAUACGACAUUGCCAAACACCUGCAGCUCACCUUCUCCGUUAUCGACCCGGAUGCUGAAACCCCAGAGUUACAAGCAGACGUUCAGCCCUAUGCUUCAAAAAUUGUAAUAAUUAAUUGUAAAGACUUCGAAGUCCUGGAAGACUCCCUUGGAGAAGCAAUCAGUUCUCCAUACUGGAACCCUCACGCACAACUUAUUCUAUACUAUCAUACGAGAGUAACAAAUGAAAAUGCGAAAAUAUUUUUCAUUUUCUGGUUUUAUAUGAUCGUUAAUGCCGUUAUAGUACAGUACGACGAUUCUAAAGAGUUAUUACUCAUUUCCUAUUACAACCCAUAUGUAAGCGAAAACAACAAAUUUGAAAAUAUGCACGGAUGUUGGAAAACUACUAAAGUUGGGAGACCGGUUGUUGGAUACAAACAGAGCUUUGUCUGUGAGGAAGAUUGUCAUAACAUUACAUUGCACUCAAAACUAAGAGCCUUACAUUUAGGGACUUGUAUUGGCUACAACACUCAUUAUAUAAGAUAUGGUGACAUUCGUUUAUUGAGACAACUUAACGUUUUCAAAGAUAUAAGUAAAGAUUUGCGAGGAUACGUGAUGAAAACCAACGGUUUUGAAGUACUGCCCUUUCUAGAAAUAAACGAGGAGAGCGACGGAAGUUACAGUUUAGGCUCUAGAGAUGGACUGGUGUGGAAAACAUUGUCUGAACUUAUGAAUUUCACUAUCAACUUUGAUGCGUGCAAAGACAUUUUAAAGAAACCAUUUAACUAUAAACUUUAUAUAGAGCUCACAUUUUCAUUCGCCGCAAGACAAGCAGACCUUUUUAUUUGUCCUGUUUACCAGUUCGAUCUAGUUUUCAUAAAGGUAGAUUUGAGCUGUGAGUAUAAGGCUAGUGGAGUAUGCAUUCUUUCACAUCGUUCUAAUUUUGAAACAGUUUUGUUCGACGUAAAGCUAUUCCAACAGAAUAGCACGCUUAUUAUACAAUUUGUAGUUUGCUUUCUUUGCAUUUGGCUUACUUUCUACAUCCACAAUGUCGCAAAAGGACUGUGGAGCUUCGAUCAAUUCGGUAAAGAUUUUAUCAAUACUAUAAGAAAUGUUUUGUCCAUCGGUUUGUACAAACCACCUAUGCAACGAUCUUUCAGAAUGUUUUUGAUUAUUUCCAUAUGGUGUUUUUUUAUAUUGAACUUUAGUAUUCAAGCUACCAUCGUUUCUUUUUUUAGUGCUUAUAAACGUGGGAAAGAUGUAGACACAUUUGAAGAUGUUUUAGAAAAAGGGUACGCGAUCGAAGCUUUGGUUUCUCCGGACAUGAUUUUACCUGACACAGAAGAUCUUUACAGAAAAAUCAAUUCUCGCGUUAAACCUCUCAUGAACAUGUUUGAUUGUGUCGAUAGAUUGGCCAAUGAUAGCGAAAGGUUCUGUCUCAUAGACUGUUCGACGGGACUUUACCUUGAGAGGAACAGAUUAAAUGAAAAGGGCGUUCAGUAUUUACACGUAGCCAGGAAAAAUAGAAUGCACAGUAAUUAUCUAUCUCUAGUACUUCACGAAAAUUCACCCUUAACAGCUAGGAUUAAUAAAUACCUACGUUGGUUUGUCGAAGUGGGCCUGAUACAAAAAUGGGAACAAUACAGAUUUACUGAAAUAAAAGAAGACUUUCCAGUAAAGCCGCUGAGCAUGAAAGAUAUGUUAGGCAUUUUCGAAUGUUUUUAUUUACUUCUUGGCGAUGGUCGGCAAUGA